CGUGUAGAAUCAAGCAGGGCACAUUCAAAUGGCAAGUACUGCUCUGAAGCAUGCAACCGCGCCAACAACAUUGCAGCAAGCACAAACGGCUGCAUUGCUCGCACUGCUUAACCUGAACGCUCCAUCCGAUCCGAGUCCCGUUCAACGACCGGGAACACCGUCAGGAAAAGCUUCGACUGGACUCAAGAUUCCAGCAGUCACUGGACCUCCCGUAUGGAAGGUCUUGGUACUAGACCAACAAACGAAAGACGUGUUGGCAACUGUUCUUCGAGUACAAGAUCUUCGUGACGUCGGCGUCACGCUCCAUGUACAAUUACAUUCUUUACGCCCUCCACUACCAGACGUUCCGGCCAUUUAUUUUGUUGCCCCCACGCUCGAUCAUGUAAAACGGAUUGCUGAAGACCUCGACAAAUGCUUCGCCGGAACAGGUGACUUGAUUGAACAGGUUCUUGAUCAAUAUCUAUCAUUCAAUGCACCCUCUCCCUCACUAUUCUCAUUGUUGUCACCGCUUCCUUCUACUACGCCAUCUAGUCAAGCAGGGCCGUCCAAGGCACCUGUAACAUCUUACACACUCCUGAACUCCCCAUCAUCCACCGAACAACAGAUAGAAGGGGAGAUUGAACGCCUAUCCAAUGGUCUCUUCAGUGCUGUUGUUACAAUGUGCCACGUUCCAGUCAUCCGCGCGCCCAAAGGCAAUGCUGCGGAGAUGAUAGCAAAAAAGCUCGAUAUCAAGAUACGAGAUGUGAUUCUUUCGGCCUCCCGAACUCAUGGGGCUACGUCAUCAUUAUUCGCGCAAGAUGCAUCUGGCUUGUCGAAUCUGCAACGACCACUGCUGCUGAUUCUUGACAGAAAUAUUGAUCUCUGUCUAGAGAUCAAGCUCAAUCGCGCAGUUGUUACUCAACCACAGAAGCGCUCAUAUGAUCUCGAUUCUAAGGACUUCUUCUGGGCAAAGAAUGCACCAAACCCAUUCCCUCAAGUCGCUGAAGAGAUCGACACGGAACUGAACAAAUACAAGCAAGAUGCUGCCGAAAUCACACGAUCUACGGGUGUCAGUGAUGUUAGUGGCAUCUCGCAAAUUGAUGUAUCUUCCAAUGCUGCACACUUGAAAACUGCGAUCACACAGCUACCAGAGCUGACUGCGCGGAAGGCCGUUCUUGACACCCAUAUGAACAUAGCCACCGCAUUGUUGGAGCAGAUCAAGAAGUGUGCGCUUGAUGAACUUUUCAGCACCGAAGAGGCCAUCAGUAAACAGACCGUUGCUUCAGUUUUGGAGAUGCUCCGCUCUCCUCGUUCAAGCGGCACCUUGACACCGGAGGAUAAACUGCGCCUAGUUCUUGUCUUCUACUUGUCUUCACCGGAUAAUGCGAUCUCGAAAGACGACAUUGUCGAGUUGGAAAAGGAGUUAAAGAAUGCAGGAGCUGAUACCGAAUCAUUUGAAUAUGUCAGACGCACAAGGGAGAUCUCGCGGAUGACAGUGGCUACUGCUGUUGGAGGAACCUCGACGCCUGUACUCGGUGCAGGUCAAGGAGAACUCUUCAGGGGCUUCACAGCAUUUGGAAACAGACUCACUGACCGACUCAAAGAAGGAGGUCUCGACAAUCUUAUCUCGGGUGUCAAGAACUUCCUACCAGCGAACAAAUUGCUCCCUGUUACCCAAAUUACUGAGGCGAUCAUGGACUCGUCUGCAGCUUCGAACCAGUCGCUGCAAGAAACGGAUGAUUACAUUUUCCUUGACCCUCGAGCCUCUCGACACACUGGCCUCGGUCUUUCAGGAGGUCCAGGUGGUCUAGGAGGCGGUGCGUCUGGAACAGUUAGAGUGAAGCGGAUGGCAUUUGCAGAGGGAAUAGUAUUUAUAGUUGGAGGGGCAGGUUAUGUCGAGUAUGGAAACUUGGAGGAAUGGGCUGCGAAGACUGGAAAACGCGUCACCUAUGGCGGCACAGAGAUCAUUGAUCCAGGUGCAUUCGUCAGUAUUCUUCAGGAUCUUGGGAGAUCUACUGCAUGAUACAAAAUCGUAUUCCACUGG